AUGACGACGGAGAGCGAGAAAGUGGACGCCUUGGUGGCGGAGGCCAUGGAGGAGAGCCCGGAGGAAGUGUCCAGCGAUGGCGAGUCGGACGUGGAGGAAUCGAGGGGCGUCGACGGCGGCAUCCCUAAGACCCGCCAGAACAAGAACGAACGGAAGGCACGCAAAAUCUUGGCGAAGAUGGGCCUCAAGCCCGUCGAGGGUGUGAACAAGGUGUGCAUAAAGAAGUCCAAGCAGGUCUACUUCGUGGUGAACAGCCCCGACGUCUACAAGUUGCCGAAUUCUGACACCUACGUCAUCUUCGGCGAGGCCAAGGUUGAGGACACCGGCGCGAGCUCGGCUCUGGAGACCGUCCAGCGUCUGUCUCAGCUGUCGUCUGCUCUGCAGGCUGUCAGCGCGGCCACUGCCAGUGUGACCAACAUGGCUAACGCCCUCAGCGCCGUUUCCGAGGCUGCUGCUGCUGCGCAGGCUGCACAGGCGGAGAAGGAAGGUAACCAGGUUACGGACGUCACCGACGACCCUGAGGGCGCGGGAGCGCCAGAAUCUGCCGAGGGAGGUGCUGCGGCGGAAGGCGGAGAGGGGACCGCCACCGCCAGCUCGGAGCCCAAGGGCGAUGAGGGUGAGACCCCUAAGGAAGGUGGGGACGCUCCGGCGGACGCCUCUGCCGUUCCCGCUGCGGCAGUCGACGAGUCUGCCGUGAACUCGGGAGACGUGGACCUGGUGGUCUCGCAGGUCGGCUGCACUCGCGAGCAGGCCGUUCAGGCGCUGUUGAAGAACAAUGGCGACAUUGUGGAGAGUAUCAUGUCGCUCUCCGCGUAG